CCCGCCAAAUCUAUAAAUACACCGCCCUUUCUCGUUUCUCUUCCGAAACGCAACACUCGAAAAUUCCAGACUCGCCAUAGCUUCUCCGAAUGAUCCAAAGAUCCGAGCCCAGAAUGAAGAUUCGUGGAGUUGCAUUGUCCAUCGUAGUCUUCGCUUUAUGGCUAUUAAUCUUCUCCCAAGCAGCAAAAACCCUCGACCCUUACAAGGUUCUUGGGGUUGAUCGAAACGCAAGCCAACGGGAAGUUCAGAAGGCUUUUCACAAGCUCUCUCUCCAAUAUCACCCAGACAAGAAUAAAAAUAAAGGUGCUCAAGAGAAGUUCGCACAGAUUAAUAAUGCAUAUGAAAUUUUAUCUGAUGAAGAGAAGAGAAAAAAUUAUGAUAUGUAUGGGGAUGAGAGGGGCAGUCCUGGAUUUGAUGCUGGCAAUCCUGGGAACAACGGGGGAUAUACUUACUUCACAAGUGGUGGACCAGGUGGAUGGCAACAUAUGGGUGGACAGGGAAAUUCCAAGUCAUUCUCAUUUUCCUUUGGGAACAGUGGUGGUCAGGGUUCAUCCAAUUUUGAUCUCAAUGACAUUUUCUCCAAUUUUUUCGGGGGAGAUAAGAGUGGUGCUAGCCAUUUUGGUGGUUUCAGUGGUUCAUCCAGAACUCAGUCUGGUGGUUUUGGUGGUUCAUCUAGGAGUCAAUCUAGUGGUUUCAGUGGUUCAUCCAGAACUCAGUCUGGUGGUUUUGGUGGUUCAUCUAGGAGUCAAUCUAGUGGUUUCAGCGGUACAUCCUGGACGCAGUCUGGGUCUGGGAACUAUCCUAAGAGUAUCCAGGACAUAAAUUCUCAGGUGUUUAAGAAAGAAAUAGCUGACCAAGGGAUCACUUGGCUAUUGUUAUCUUACUCUCCCACACUGAGUGGGAUUCAGUAUUAUGAAUCAAUCAUAGAGGAAGUUGCCACCUCAUUGCAAGGAGCUUUAAAGGCUGGAAGCAUAUAUUGUGAAAACGAACCAACUUUUUGCAAGGAGCUAGGAAUAUAUCCCCGAAAAGCACCCAGAGUUUUUGUUUAUUCAUACAAAGCAAUUGAAAGUGGUUCCUUGGUAGAGUACAAAGGUGAUUGGGCUACGAAAAAUUUAAAGGGUUUUUGCCAAGAACAUUUGCCUAGAUUUUCAAAACGAGUUGACCUGGACACUUUUGACUUCUCCUCUGGCACUGUGGAACGGCUACCUAGGGUGAUGCUUCUUUCUACCAAGAAGGACACUCCUGUGAUAUGGCGUGCCCUUAGUGGCUUGUAUCGUAAACGAUUCAUCUUCUAUGAUGUAGAGGUUCAUGAUGCUUCUGACAAAGUGGUGAAGAAGUUAGGAGUUGAUGCACUUCCAGCUAUAGUUGGUUGGAUGUCAAAUGGGGAGAAGCACGUGUUAAGAACAGGGAUUUCUGUGAAAGAUUUGAAUUCUGCAAUUCAAGAACUCAGUACCUUGCUUAAUGGCUUUGAAAAAAAGAACAAGAAGGCAACCUCAAGUCAGACUAAAAAACCGGAGACUGAAUCAGUGGAUAAACAGAUACAUUUGCUGACAGCAUCAAAUUUGGAUGCUAUAUGUGGAGAGACAAUCCCAGUUUGCCUCAUUGGUGUUUUCAGAUCAUCCAAAGCUAGAGAGAAGGUUGAAUCCAUCCUGUCUGUGGUCUCUCAGAAAUCACUAUCAAGGAGGCAGAACCCGUAUUCUGGUUCUAAGGAUUCUAUUUCGUACACUCUCUUGGAUGCCACCAAGCAGCCAGCAUUCUUAACUGCAUUUGACAAUUCUGGAUUCAAAUCAUUUGAUAAGUUAUUGAUAGCCUACAAAUCUCGGAAGGGGAAGUUUGCUGCAUAUACAAGUGAAAUAACGGUAGAGGAGGUAGAGAGGUUUAUCAGUUCAGUUCUCAAUGGGGACAUACAGUUUACCAAGAUAAAACAGAAGCCUAAACUGAGGUGAUGGGAAAUGUAGUCUGUGAAUUUCAUGUACGUAACAGAGUUUUUGCUUCAUCCAGUUGAUUAUAGCCCAAACUACAAUGAAGACAUUGAUAUGGGCAUCGACCAGAGAUGCCCAUAGACACAAAUGCUGGUGUUGUUUGCACUUCUUUAUUUACUGUGCAAGGAGUUCGUGUAAAUUGGAAAAAAAGGUGCGGCUGGUAGGAGUUGAAUGCAUACAGAGGGAAAUCCUCAGAGAUGGCAAUAGUUUCAUGAUACCAGUAAAUGAAAAAAGUAAAAACUUUGUAAUCUAAUUUCAGUUUCUGGGCUGUUAAUGGAACGUUGAGCUUCGUUGUAGGAGUAAGAGGAUCACGGGAAGGCCAACCAUCAAAAUACAACCUUAACUUAUUCUUUAAACUUUUAUUCAAUUUUUUAUGUUUAGAUAGAAUUGUAAUUAUAUAGUUAGUUUUAUGCUGAAA